UGUUAUGUGUUUUGGUUUGUUUACAUAGAAAAUUCAGUUAACCUCUUAAUUCGCGCUUACACUGACUUUAAGAAGGCGGGUUCAGUUUAUAGUGUGAUGUCACUGGCAAUAUUGAAAACUGAAAGAAGUCAGCUUACUUACCAAUGUGGGAUUGGCUGUUUUGUUUUUGUAAAAUUCAAGUACUCAGACUGUAGAAUUAAAUAAAAUGUCAAAGUCAUUAAUUUCACGUUUGAUUUCAAAUACCAAGAGCCUUGUAAUGGAAAUAAUGACUAUGAUAAGGGUAACACAUCAAAAGCGCCCUUGAUAUGGGAAUGAAUUGAUUUGAUCGAGAUGGUCCAUAUUCCUAACACAUAUGCAUACGAUUUUUGGCUUGAAAACACACCCGAUCCAGUUGUUGAGCUGAGUUGUCUUAUGCCAAAUAGCAUAUUCAUUCCUCUGAAAGUCAACAGAAAUGCAACACUACAUGAAAUCAAGGAGGAUCUGUGGGAGGAGGCUGCGCGGUAUCCCUUAUAUGGGAUGCUGCACGAUGCCUCCUCAUACGUAUUCGCAUGCAUCAAUUCGAUGGCGGAGAACGAAGAACUGGAUGACGAGAACAGACGCAUAUGUGACAUACGCCCAUUCUGCUCCGUGUUACGAAUUAUUGAACGUAAAGGAAAUAAGGCGGAGAAGUCACUAAAUAAUCAGAUCAGCCAUCUUAUAGGAAAGGGGCUUCAUGAGUUUGAUUCUUUAAAAAAUUCUGAAGUGAAUGAUUUUCGUUGGAGGAUGAAAAAUCUUGGAGAUGAAAUAGCGCAAAGUCGACAAAACAUGUCAUGGUUAGAUAAAAUGAAUUAUCAGUAUCCUCCAAGGCUUUCAGCAUCUCCUGUUCCUCCUCCAAAUGUGAGCUGCCGCUUGAGAGAAGGCAACUUUGUGCUUGUAACAAGAUUUGAGAAUACAGAGACAUCUUUUACUUUCAAUAUUCCAUACACUAUGACUCCGCACAAGUUGCUGGUGACUGUUCUGAACAAGAAAGCCAUCACACUCAAUUCACGAGGUGAACAUCCAUCAGACUUUGUGCUCAAAGUUUGUGGACAGGAGGAGUAUUUGGUUGGUGAUUAUCCAAUCAUUCAGUUCCUGUAUGUUCAAGAGGCUUUAGCGGCAGAUCUUACACCAACACUUGUUGUGGUUUCAGUCAACAGUGUUCCAGUUGAUAUUGACAAUGUGUAUGAGGAUGCUGAAGAUGUAGAAAGGAAACCAAGGUCAUCGUCUUCAACUUUAACUUGGAAAAAGAAGGGGAAGCAUUUGUCAUCGUGGUCCAUAGAUGUGAAAUUUGCAUUCCGCAUAAGUGCCAUAUGCCGCCUGAACUGUGAUGUAACACGAACAGAGGUGGGAGUGCAAGCAGGCCUCUUUCAUGGAGGUAAGUCACUUGCUGAGCCGCAGAAGACAAGUGAGAAGCAAGUGUCGAAGGAUGGGGAGUGUGAGUGGGAGGAGGAUUUGCAGUUUGACAUACAAGUCUGUAACAUCCCACGUAUGGCACGUCUCUGCCUUGUUGUUUAUGAGAUCUCAAAGACUGCCAAAGGUUCCAAAUUUCGCAGACUAAAGGAUUCAAAGCAGGAGAUGUUCAUCAAUCCUUUGGCUUGGGUAAAUACAACAGUAUACGAUUUUAAAAAUCAAUUGAAGAUUGGAGCAAUGACACUGUACAUGUGGACAUAUGCAGAAGACACACAGACUGAUGACAUCCUACAUCCAUUAGGAACAGUUGUAUCAAAUCCUAACGUGGAACAUGCUACUGCCUUAACCAUCACUUUCCAUAGGUAUGAUGCAGAACGAACUGUCAUGUACCCAUCACCUGAAAAAGUAUUGGAGUUUGCAAGUAGCCAGGAGACCCCAAGCGGCACAGAAGGGGAGAACAUGGCUAGUGCCGAAAUACCAGGCAUGCAACCAAUGGUGUUCCUGGAACAACUAAGACAGGCUGCUGAGAGAGAUCCAUUGCAUGAAUUGCAUGAACAGGAGCGCAAAAUAAUUUGGAGUCUUCGAUACGACUGUCUUGCACAUUUUCCACAGCUGCUCCCAAAACUGCUUGACUGCGUUGAAUGGAAUGAUCACAGAGAGGUUUCAGAAGUGACUGCACUUUUGAGAAGGUGGCCGAAACUACCAGUGGAAAAAGCACUUGAGCUGCUUGACUAUGCAUAUGCGGAUCAAGCAGUUCGUAGUUUUGCUGUACAGUGUCUUAAAAGUGUUAGUGAUGAAGAUCUCUCAUUGUACCUGCUUCAGCUUGUUCAGGCACUAAAACAUGAAGCUUAUUUGUACUGUGAUCUUGUAGAGUUCCUUUUACGCCGUGCUCUGAUGAACCAGAAAAUAGGUCACUAUCUUUUCUGGCAUCUCAGGUCUGAGAUGCAGGUGCCCUCAGUUUCAGUGAGAUUUGGGCUGAUACUGGAAGCAUACUGUCGGGGAAGCAAAGAACACAUGAGGGUCCUGGCACGACAGGUAGAGUUUCUGGAGCGAAUGAGGGAAGUCAGUGAACUUGUGCGACAGCGGCGUGACAAAGAUAAGGCACGAGCUUGUCUUCAAGAAAAUUUGGAACAGCCACACAUUGGUGAUGCAGUUUCACGUGUUUUGUCUCCUCUUGACCCAAGUUACCGGUGUAAACAUGUCAAGAUUGAAAAAUGCAGAGUCAUGGAUAGCAAAAUGAGGCCUUUGUGGAUUGUGUUUGAAAACGAUGAUCCAUAUGGUGAUGACAUAUUUAUCAUUUUUAAAAAUGGUGAUGACUUGAGACAAGAUAUGUUAACACUGCAAAUGCUGAGAAUAAUGGACAAAUUGUGGAAAAACGAGGGUCUGGACUUGAGGAUGAAUCCCUAUGGAUGCAUAUCAACUGACAAUCGUGUUGGUCUCAUUGAAGUAGUUUUAAAUGCUGAAACAAUAGCAAAUAUUCAGAAGGAGAAAGGAAUGUUUUCUGCUACAUCAGCAUUUAAGAAGGGUUCACUUUUAGCUUGGCUGAAAGACAACAACCCAACUGAUGUUCAACUAAAUAAAGCAAUAGAGGAAUUCACAUUAUCCUGUGCUGGCUACUGUGUAGCUACCUAUGUGUUGGGUGUCGGAGACAGACAUUCUGAUAAUAUUAUGGUGAAGAAAUCAGGACAGCUGUUCCAUAUUGAUUUUGGCCAUAUAUUAGGUCAUUUUAAAGAGAAGUUUGGUUUCCGGCGUGAACGAGUCCCCUUUGUGUUGACACAUGAUUUUGUUCAUGUAAUCAAUAAGGGACAAACAAAAAAGGAAGCGUUGGAGUUUCAGAUUUUUCAGAGGCAUUGUGAACAGGCAUUCCGAAUUUUGAGACGACACGGAAGUCUCAUCCUUUCAUUGUUUGCAAUGAUGAUCUCCACAGGACUACCUGAGCUUAGCUCAGAAAAGGAUCUCAAUUACCUAAGGGACACUCUUGUAUUAGAGAUGUCCGAGUCUGAUGCUCUCACACACUUCCGUUCCAAGUUUGAUGAGGCACUGUGUAAUUCGUGGAAGACAUCACUGAACUGGGCAACACAUAACAUGUCAAAAAACAAUACCCAGUGAGGUGCUGAAGUGAAAGUUGCUGAGUCUCCAUAAUGUCUCUUCACAGAUGGUUCUUUGUGAUAUUCUUCCAGGGCUCAAGCAGUUAACAGAACUAAAGAAUUUUAUUUCUGCAAUAACUAGAAAAAUGUGUGUGUGUGUGUGUGUGUGUGUGUGUGUGUGUGUGUGUGUGUGAAGGGAUGGAAGGAGACCGGGAAUGGAGACAGAAAUACUCAAUGAUUUUUAGAGGGUUUCAAGUUCACUAUUUAGUCUAAGUGUGGAGUGGCUUCCAGUACACCAAAUAGGAAUCAUCAUGUAUUGUUUGUUUGUUUUUAAAAAUUGCUUGAAAUAUUUGUGUCAUCUGUUACCAGUGCACAGACCCAGACUAGUGUUUUCAGUAUGCUUCUACUCAGUAUUUAUUAAACAGCACUCAUAUCUUGAGCAUGUUAUAUUUUAGUUCUUAAUUAUGCGCUGUGCCUGAUAAUUUUCUAGUUCACCACAUUUUGGUAUUUGUUCUGCAAUACAAAUGUGAGUACAAUGUUGUAAAUAUUUGGAUGUGUAUAUUGAAAGUUGUAUGUAUAUAGAGUACUCAUGAAUGUCUGAGUAGGCUUGUUAAAAGUAAGUUUUAUGUAUGUAUACGAAGCAGAGUAAUAUUUUGUUACACCUGAAACCUAACUAUUUUAUUAAGUUGUUGAUGUUGCUCCAUAAGUUUUAGUCAGGAAAUUAAAUAGGCCCUUGAACAUUAUGAAAUUAUUUCUUACAUUUUUGCAUUUGUUUUAUUUGCAUCAGGAGAUCAUGCGCCUGAACUGUUUUCAUCUUGUUCAUUGAUUAUUGAGGAAGUUUGUUGACGAGUGUUUUAAAAGUCACAAACCAUUGUUCAUGAAAGUGAGAGUGACAUAAUGCAGUAUGUAUGAAUCAUUAUGAUAAAGCAAAGUCCUACGCAGUGAACUACAUUCUGUUACUUUUCCCUUAUUCAAAAGAAGUGAUAAAAAAAGAGACCUGACACAGUUCUCGUGCUAAAGAACUUGGUACCAAGAAAAAUUGUUUACGGUUUGUAACUACUACCACCACCACUACUCCUACUCCUACUCCUACUCCUACUCCUACUCCUUCUUCUUCUUCUUCUUCUUUUUCUUCUUCUUCUUCUUUAUGUUUCAUAUUCUGUAUUUCUUUGUUUUCAUUAAUUUGUUUUGGCUGAUUUGUUGUUUCGUUAAAACUUUUUACAUCCUGUGAAACAUGAAAAAGACAUAGCAAUGCCUCUUACAUAUGUUGCGAAAAAGAUGUAUGGCAUUAUUUGUGAUAUCUUUGUAGCCUGUCACAUUGGUUUUGCUCAAUAAUUCCCAUAAAGAAACACUUAAUUCCUGUUUUUAUCUAACAAACAAUGUAAAAUCCAGAAUGGAAUGUAACAGUAUUAUGGAAAGGAAAGUUGUUACGCACCAUAUAGCGGCAAUGCUGAGCCGCAGGUAGGCACAACAAGAAGUCUGUUACAAUAUAAGCUUUCUGCCAUCAAGGCCUUUGUCGAAAAUAGAUGACACAAACACACAAAAAUGUGUGUGUGUGUGUGUGUGUGUGUGUGUGUGUGUGUGUGUGUGUGUGUGUGUGUCAGAGUUUUUGUUGUGCCUUUUUGCGACUCAGCAUCUAUGCUAUAUGGUGAGUAGCAGCUUUCUUUUCCAUAAUACUGUUUUUAUCUAUUCUGUUUAAGGGUUAUGUAACUUAUGCAGCAUCACAGAAAAAAGCCAGUUUCUUCAUUGAUAGCAAGUAUUGUGUAAUUGGGUUGCAAGUGGACAGAUGACUUUUAUGCCAGCACACAGUGUUGCUAACAGGCGCUGAAAGUUGAUUGAAUCUACUAACUAUCCUGAUGUACUUAUCUUACUGUGCCCUGAACUGAAAUUGCGUGCUGUAUCCAUCUAUAUUAACUAUAAUUCAUGUUCCCCUGCGAGCAUUGGAUUUAAUAAUGCCGUCAGUUGCCUGGAAAUCAUAUCUACUUUUUUCCUUUCAUAUUAGAAUAGUUGUUAUUUGAAGAUACAUAACUUUUUCAAAAAUGUCAAUGCAGUGAUCAUUAUGAUGAAGCAUUGUUUAAUGUGGGUACAGCAGUGUACCUUAUUAAUCAAUGCCAAUUUAUGUAAUUAAACAAAUAAUUCUACUGUUUAUCCCAUGCAUGUAAGUUGAUUAUUUAUGAAGUAAGUCACUGAAUGAUGCGAAACUAAAGGACAUAAUGGGUAAUGUAAAUAGUCUGCUUUGAGAUCAGCUCUGCUUCAAGCAGCUUUUGUUUUUGUCUCAGAUAUGUCAAAAAUAUAUAAGGAGGCUGGCUUAAAGGUCAAAAUAUUCGAUUGCAAGUUGAGCUUAACAUUAUCUUAAAGCCUUAACUACAUUUCUGGCUGUUAUAUGAAAUUUGUAAUCGUAUGCAAGUACUUUUUACAGUUGUUUAUCAAAGGUUUGCUUUGGCUUAAUUUGCCAGAUUUGACUAUUAUCAAUUCAUUUUUUUCAUAAAAUGAGAUGUAGUGUUGUACUUCCAGUAGAGAUAUUCAUUAAAAUCUCAACAUGCCAAAAAUAAUUUCUUUAGAACCACUGGAACUUACAUGACUAUCAUCAUUGUGAAUUCUUUUCAAAUUUUUCGUGGUAGUUAUAGGUCUCACCCUCAGCUGAAUCUUCAGAUGUAAUGAGUUAAUAUUAAAUGUUGCCUUUUAUUCAGUAGAGAAGAAACAGUGAAUGCUAUUUCUGGAAGUACAUGUCAUUUAUCUGAACACACAUUUCAUGCAGAAUAUAUUCCACAGAAGAGAAAAAGGAUUCUUUUCUUGACUGCAGAUGAGCUAAUCUCAAAACACCUUGCACCCUGUGUUACAACAGUUAUUAAAUGUACCUGUCUUUACACUUUGUCAUAAUAAUACCUAGUGAUCUUGUUCAGAAUUAGAAAAUAAGCCAUAAAAUGCAUGUCAAUGCAUAAUUCAAGCAUGACAACUGUGUAAACAAAUCAGUUUUAAACUGUUAAGCAGUGUUUGCCAGUUUUUGUCUUUAAAAAAUUUAAUUUAUGAAGCUAAAUCUGAAAGUAGCUUCUUUUUUUAUGUUUUUUGUACAACUGUGAUAUAUCAUUGAUUAUCUUGUUUUAUGUGUGCUUUUCGUAGCUCAUCACUCAAAAAUUUUAUAUAUUACUAAAAUUUUUAUUUUGUGUUUAAGGGUUUUACUAUCUCAUUUAUAUGUAGCAAAAUUUAUAAAUCAUAUCUGUGAUUUUAAGUUCUGUUUCAUAGUUUUAUAAUUAUUACUGCCAUUAAAAAUAUGUAAGGAAAGGUAUAUUCAUAAGAAGAAGAUCAGAUUUUGGCUAUUUCAUAAUUUGCCAGGAAAUGAUUUCUCACCUCAUUUUUUUUUCAUACAGCUGUAAUAAUCCUUUUAAAGAUAGAGACCUUUCCUUAGUGCACAAAAGUGAAAUACGUACGCAGUAUGGUUCUGAAAUAGAGUUCUGGUGGAAGAGUUUUUUUUUAGUCAUGUUUACUAGUUUAUAGUUGGACAGGAGGACAUUUGUAGAAAGUUUGUGCUCACUUUUGCUCCCUUGACACUUAAUUACUUUUUUAAAAGUAUGGAGGUGGAAAUGUCUUAUUGUACAAAGAGAGAGAGAGAGAGAGAGAGAGAGGGAAUUGGGAGGGGGGGGGGGGGGGGGAUGAUGAUGAUGAGCUUUGAUGUAAAUAAAUCUUGUUAAUGCAAUUUCAUUUUGAAGAACUAUUGGUAUGUUUAAUGCAUUGUAGUACAUACAGACAUAAUAAAAGUCUACUCUUAUGAUUGCAAUUUCAUGAUGCAUUCAACAGUUAUAACUUGCUCAGAUCAUUCACUGUUACACAUUAUUAUAUCACUAACAAAGUACCUGCCCACCAUGUGGGUUCAGAAAAGUGUCUUGGUUGCCUAGGCAGUCUCAAUCUUUAAACUAGAAGUAAUGUAUUGUUUAAAAGCAAAUUCUCCCAUUACGGAGCAACAGUUAGUGCAACUUCACAUCAAAUUCAGAUUGUAUACCAAUAAAAAAAAUAUUUUGUAUACUAUGUAUAUGAAUGACAUGACCCAUAUUUUACAUGAGACCUAGAAAGUAAACUUUCAAGCUAUGGUCUAUCACGACCUGAAUGAGAGGAAGUAACAAUACAAACUUCUUAAGUCAUCUGUUGUGUGCUUUGGCCAAAUUAUCGCACACAUUGUGCAUGAUAAUUUGGGAAUAUGUCUUUUAUUUCUUGGCUAUCUGAAGUUACAUACUUGCUGUAUGACAAAUGGCAUACUGUAAUUUUUUUAAAAUAUACUUUGUAUGGUGACUAUAAUUUGUUUAGUUUUCUGAUCUCAUGUUUCACAGUUCAUCUUCUUGUUGAAAAUGUACAGGAGGUUAUCGUGAUCUUAUAGUAAUGUCUUUUCAGUUUCUCAUACUCUUCCCCCCCCUCACACACACACACACACACACACACACACACACACACACACACACACACAACUUUUAAACAUUUCUCCCACUGUAGGUGUGGUGGUGUGGCAGUCAGCUACUAACUUUGCUCUCUUGCUUUCUGGACAUCUCAACUCAUUUAACAUUUCCUAUAGCAUGGCAUUGUUCACACAGAUUAAUUUCAGCAUUCUUAUCCUGACCAGGUAAAUUGCCACACUCUUAAGACUUUAAAUUAUUUUAAUGGAUAAACUUGUUAUGGCUAUGACUGUUCCCACCUCUGCAUCCUAUGUGGCUGUGUCCUCAACCCAUUCCCCACUUCCUUUAAUUAUCAUAUUUGCUUUUUGUGUUUUAUACUACUAUUUUUAAUUAAUGCUUGUUGAAAAAUCUGCUAUAAUUUUUUGUCCUGGAAAGGAACUUUCUGGCAAUAAUUACUCAAUAAAUUGCACAGAAUUAAGAGAGAUCCACCAUGUAUGAAAAUGAUGAAAUGAAAUGCUUCAUGGCAAGGGCCUCCCAUCAAGUAGAACGGUCGCCUGGUGGAAUUCUGUUCAGUUGAUACCACUUUGACCACUUGUGCGUCAAUAAGGAUGGCAUAAUGUUGAAGACAACACAACAAUCGGUCCCCGAGCGGAGAAAAGUUCUGACCCAACUGGGAAUCAAACUUGGGCACCUCACAUGGCAUUAUGCCGUGCUGACCACUCAGCUUUGGAGAUGGACCUUGUUAAUGAUGAAACACUCAGGUUUCAAGUCGAAUUGUUAAGAUACUGCAACCUGUUGAGGAGUAUCAUUCUCAUCAUCUUGUGGCAAAGGCAAUGAGUAUGGCAUUCGUCAGAAUGUCAAAGUAUCCUAACACUGCUACCAGCGUGGAAACCAAGAACUUUUCAUCAGGAGUAUAAACAGUGAAAGUGUACAUUCUUGCUAAUGUUCUACCUGCACUGAAUGUUUCCUCACACACUCAUUUCAGAUUUCUAUAUUAUAAAAUUAUUUAUCUCAUAUUUCAUUUUUGUUGUAGCUGUUUAUUUCCUUUUCUUUUGGCUCUUCAUAAAUUGUUAUCUGCUAAAUGGAUCUCAGUUUGUGUAGCUGCAGACCUUUUUAUCUUUUUCCAUUCUGCAAGCCAAUAUUGAUAAUUGGCCUCCGAUUCCUUAACAAUUCACCCCUUUCAAAUCCUUUCAGAUACUGCUAUUAUCAGUUAUCAGCCAUUGUUCCACAUUGAUAAGGCUGUCAUUCAGGUAUUCAUGUUAAUUUCUGUGAGUUGAAUUGAUGCUUCCCUUCAUCACAUAUUGGUUGUCUUAAAGACAAAAGUAAUACUGUGUUAUACGCUGAUGAAUUAGAAUGAUCACUUGCUUUAAAGAGAAUUGUUGUUUGAAGCAAAUUCUUAUUCUGUUGUGGUAUGUUCAUUGACUAUGAAUUAGUAGUAAGUUAUUACCUACAUGAAAACAAUCAUUCAUUAAGAAUUUGCAGGGUAACUUUUAUUUAGUUUUGGACACGCAAAUCAGAAAGUCCACCUGUCUAUAUGAAAUUACUAAAAACACAUCAUCAUAAAAAACAGCAAAAAAAGAAGGCUUCAAGCCAGAGUGAUUAAAAAUAACAGAACUUCAGAAAAAAAUCAGGGUAUAGUGAUUCACUGUUGCUCAUUGCACUCCUAAAUUGGUUGGUUUUUUAUCUGACAUUAAACAAAAGUUAAUUGUAUGAUACAUUCAAUAGCUCAGAAAUAGUGUUUGCACUGUACUGCGUAUGAGUGACUUACAGCAUAUUUCAUAAUGCUGUGAGGGACUGAUUUUCGUCUCUGUUGUUGCCUAUGAAAGUCUGGGUGAUUUACAUCCUUAUUGAAAUAUCUGGAGGGAAUUAAGGAUGACACCCUUAUUUUGUCUUCAUUUUUGACCAGUACCUGUGAUAUAAGAUGAAAAGUUUUUGGUUAUCACACCAUCACACAUUUGAUAGAUGAUCAGGAAGUUGUUACAGAUGGUUGUAACAGACACCAAUCUUUUGAACAGCUUUUAAGUUUUCUCCCCUGUUACCAAUUCUCAAUCCUUUAGUUUUGUACUGUUUCACAUUUUGUGUUUUUAUAUUUCUGGAUAUAGAAAAAUAUUUUCAUUACUUUGUGAAGAGCUCAUUCUUUCUGUUUACAGUUUUCAUUAGUAAAUUUCACAUAAUCACUCUGAACUUUCACUCAGUAGUCUUGUGAAGGCAUGCGAACAAUGUUUGUGACUUGCUUCAUUUUUAGAUCUCUUCUGGCUUUCAGAGGGACCUUGCUGUGAAGGAGUACUGUGUUUUUUCUUUUAGAUAAUAUAUUGCACUUGAGUGCAUAUUUGAUACUUCAUUUUAAAUAUGUAAGCUUGCUGGUGUGCUGUGAUACAUUGUGCAGAACUUGUCUAAAAUGUAUUUAAUUUGUUGUUUAAAAAUACUAGUGUAAAAUGUGUUAUCAGUCAUUGUCUUUGUGCUAUACUGAAUUAAGAGGAAAUAGUCCAAUUAUAUCAUGUAACUUUAAGAAUACUGCUAGUUAUUCUGUAUAUUCAUUUAUUGAACAAAUCAUUGUUAUAAUUUGAGUGCUUUGUCAACAGUGUUACAUUCAUAUGUGAAUUACAUGGUGCUAUUGUAUUGAAGUAUUUUAGAAUGUAAUGAGCAUGAAUGAAUUCAUAGUGAAUAUAAAAAUGCCACACUUUUCUCGUGAAGUGUGAAAUAUUUUUGCAAAUAACAAUUUCUAAGAAAGGACACUGCAUCUCACAUAGUAGUGUUGUAUGCUGUUAUGGGAGGUAAUAGUUAAAUGUUAACAGCUCCCAUAAUGAUGAUUAUACCUUUAAAUAUUUUUUUAUUUGUCACAGAGAUUAUUAUAUUAAAGUGCAUAUAAAACCAUAUGUCAGUGUGCAGAAUGUUACAUAGAUGACUUUCAUUUUGUGUACAGUAUGAGGCAUAGUGUAAACUGUUAACAUGAUCUCUUAGGCUCUUUAAUGUUUGUAUAUUGCUGAGUGUGUUUUGUACAGACUAAUCAUCAUGUCAUAGGUAUUUCGUGAUAUACUUUGAGUAAUGUGGGCAUAAGCAUCUUGUCAAAAUAUGGAUCAUCACUGAGUUCAAUAUGACAAUCUUUAUAUUUACAGUAAAAUUUGUAAUAUACAUACAUUAUUACCAUUGUUGUUUAUACUACUACUGAUUUGUGUGCCAAUUUGAAGUGUGUUGUUUUGUAUUUUAAAAGAAACUGUUGGAGUCUUGAGUGUCUUAAAAAUUUGUAAAAUAUCUCUUUGGAUAUAUGCUGCAUAAUAAGUGUAUUUGUCAUGGCUGUAAGGUAUAAGAACAAACGAAGGCUUUGAAUCUGUCUUAUGCUUAAGUUUGAUUGAAACUCUUUAUAAUGGGUCCACUUCUUUCAUGACUCACCAGUGCCAUUUUGUCACUCUGUUGCUGUUUAGCUUUGUUGCCACAUUUUUAACUACCUGUUGUUUUAAAUGGUAUAUUUUGUAGUGUGCCUGUGUAAAGAUUAUUUAUUUAUAGCUGCAUUCCAGAAGAUUAAUUAAAGUGCUAGUAAACAUUACAGAACAAAAUUGAGAACAUAGUACCCAAUGUAUGGCAUCCAUGCAUGUACUGUUCAGAUAUGUUAAAAAUUAUGUUUCAGUGAAUGUUUUAAAUAGUGUGUUUUCAUGUUUUUAAUUUUUCUCUGGCACAUAAAGAAGCUGACACAUUGCCAGAGUUCUUGCACAAACAGUAUUAACUUGCAGAUGUGCAGAGAAGACUGGAAACUAAUAAUUUUAUGUUUAGGAAGGAGACAGCCCUGAACUCUGAUAAAAAAGAAAAAAAGUUGAUGAAUUUCUCCAGCCAGCAGUUACUAAAUUAACACAUUUGUCACUUUUUGUGACUACAUUAUUUCUGUAUUAUGAUGAACAAAUAUCAGGGCUCUGUUUUAUAUGAAAUAAAGUUAUCAGUUUCACAAUGGA